AAACAUAUAGGCACAAUGAAACAUCCUUCAAUGCUUUCAACUAUGAACUCAUGUUCAUACUAGAAAACACUGAAAAAUGUUUUUCACAGCGGAUUAUCAUACUAUCACAUGCGCUUAGCAGGUCCCCUAACUUGAUUUUAAUAGAUUCUUUACGACGAACCAAAAAUGCUAAAAGCGCCUCUUUUAGUCCCAAUAGCCAGUCGAAGGUUGCGUAAAACUGCUGUCUUAUUUCCGUCUUUCGAAAGCAGUGAGACGUGGCAUAUGGACACUGACCCAUGCAGGAUAAUGAGAGAGCAGGCAGCUGACACGGGUAAACGAGGAUCAUGCCAACGUAAUAAUUGGCGAUAGAAGACAUGACACUUUCUCUUGCAAACGUGCUUUCUCUCGAAGAUGUUUCCAAUCAACGGCGAUAUGGAGGUCUUUGACAUUAUCGCUAGCUGUACCAACGAUAGGAAACUGGGUAGUCACAGUCUCCGAUUAGUAGAAUCUGUCAUCAUCUGGAAAGGAACGCCAUUGGCUACAGUUACUUUAAAAACUGAUCGACUAUAAACUCUACAUUGUACUGCCAAAGUGAUAUACUACUGAGGUUGCGAAUCGAGCAAAGAAGACAAGUGUCGUGUCGGUAGGAGUACGUUGACAAGAGACCGUGUCAGUGGAAUAUAUUGCCAUUUGUAUACUACUAAUAAGAGUGCAAAAGAGCUACUUAAGACGAGACCGCAGACAACUGGUAAAAGGUGGAAAGAAAGAGAAUAUUUGAUAUUGUUUAAGGAUGGCUAGCAAACCUUUAUCGGAUCCGUAGACUUAAAAUGAAAAAAAUCGGCCACUAUUUUUCCUCCUUUCGGAGUGAAUGGUAAAUUGACGUGCACUUGACUACAAAUUGCAAUACAGCGCGAAUGUAUCAUCAGGCCACUCCCUUAAUCAAUUCUUGAAAACGUUUAGCUUGUACAUCCACUUGCAGUAAUCUUUAUUAAAUCCUUUAUAAAUCCGUAAAGCUUCUCUUAGUGAAAAAUUAAAAACAAACCAGCAUACCCCCGCUGCAGCAAUACCGCUGCGGAAACCAAAAGCUCGAACUUUUAUACGAAAUCCACUUUUUCAAUUAUGUUGAAUGAAAAAUUAUAAUUAGAUAUUCCUGGUAAAAGUAAAAGUUCUUCUUCAAGCUGUGAUAAUAGAAUAAUAAUUUACCGUUAGGCAGACCAAUUGAAGUACUUCGGGCUUUUAUUUAUAAGCUGGGAUAUUUAAAAUGGUUUUAUAGAAAAAAAUAUUUUUUGUGGAAACUGCAAUGGCAAGGCUUUUUACCCUUUAUUUAAAAAUUUAAGGACCGAAGCUAGUUCUUAUGAAUCCUAUGGCUGACCCAGAUUACUAGGCCACAGUCAAAGAACUUUCCGGAAUCAUCUUGGCAUUGCGUUAAAACUUCUCAUUGCUAGCUAAUAUUCUGCUAGGAUUUCUAUACCGGCACAUUAAGUGAUCAAAUUCAACAUAACAUCCACCAUUAAUAUUUCAAGAACAUGUAAAGCGUACUCACACACGCAAAUCUAUACAUUUGCCUUGUGCUGGCAUAUCAUUCUACACACUGGAACUUUCGGCAAAACACAGAAUAUACCCGAUUGUGAGUACCUUAAAUCAAUAUUUAUAUCGAUUCACACUAUUGUUACCCGGUUUUUGAGUGAGGCACGAUCAUACUUCAUGAAGAAUUGAUACAUCAAUACUCUUAUUUUGCUAGAAGAUACACGAAGCGCCCCUUUCGUGGAAAAAAUAAUAUACAGAUCGGCUCAUCGAAAAAACUGACAAUAAUUCCUGUUUAAGGGAGCACCUACCGAAAAUUGUGAUCAUCUUUUGCUAAUUUUAAGGCUUGUAGGCAAUAGAAUUGUAUACAUAUUAGCAUAUCAGAUGCCAAUGCAAAUACAGUGAGACUAGUGAGUGAUAGAGGAACGGAAGACUACUGCAUCUAAAGGUUUAUUUCACGAUACUUUUGAAGACAAGAACUGUCUGACUACACUGAAUUCACUUCUUUGAAAGAAUGACAUUGGCAUUGUAAGACUUGCGAUCUAAAGUGCAUUAGAGUGAUAUUUCCCUUUAGUAGCCACUACUAAUGUGGAUUUACUAAUCGAUCGUCUGCAUCUACAAGUGUGUUACUCGCUUAGUUUUCUACGGCUUUCAGUAUUGAGAUCCUUGGGACAACUUGGGAAGAUUAAUAAAUAUUAAGUACAUGAAAUUCAAAAUGAUCUCCGCCGCACCUCGAAAAAUAUGGCCAUAGGAAAACUAAUAUGUAGAGAGAUUUUCGCGUUUGUAAAAAGCUGCACAUAGGCAGAAUUACGACGUACAUAUUUCGGUUUGUGGGCUUUGCAGCUUGCCAGUCAUCCGCCGUAGCAACAAACAGUAACAUGCUAUUGACUGACUAAUCCAUCAUGUACACCGAAUAUAUGUGUUUCGCUUCUGUUGCUAAUUCUAGACAUAAAAAAACGAAUAGGCACGACAAAGGCAAGGUGCGGGUCGGAGUAAAUUACAGUGCAAACGGGGUUAGAGGAGUACCUAAGGUCAAUGGCUCUAUAACGAUGUUCGCCACCUGUCGAAGCGGCGAUAAGACGGAAAACGGCACUAUCGACGGGUCAUCAAGUCACCCACCAAUUAUAACAUAGAAGACACAUAGCCGUCAAGUUAUUCUGUCUAUAGGCUUUUGAAUUGUGAGGCUGAACCUCCAUAGGAGGCAGUUUUGCAAAUCUCAUAGAUGCGGUCUCUAUUGAACAUCGUCACAAAACCCUUUCUCUUCCUUGAUCAUAUCCAAUCACGGAUUCAGGGCAUAUAUUUGGUGUCGAACCGAUGUUUGCAUUAUCCUACAGAGCGGACGUUGAUCACUGUAUCCAGGAUAGACCAGACCCAAAAGCGAUCGAAGACUACUUCAGCAACUGCUGAAGUAAUAAAACUAAGAAAAUAUGUCAGCAAACUCAACGUUUCCGAGGCAUUAGAUAAGGCUGCAUUCGAGAACUCUACAAAAACCGCGUACCUAUUUAAAGACGGUGUUAGCAAAACCUUCAGCGAGUUCCACAGGGAUGUGGCCGCAUUUGCAGGCGGCGUACAACACUUAGGCUUGGCCAAAAAUGCAAGGGUUGCUAUAUUUGCACCCACCUGCUAUGAAUGGCUCGUGGCCAAAUACGCAAUCAACUGGGCUGGAUGCGUUGUGGUUGCGAUGAAUUCCGGCGCCUACCAGGAUGAGGUAGUCUACGCUUUAGAAAAGACAGGUACAGAGGCGAUCAUCAUCGGUGACGUAUUUAAAUAUAUGGAUUAUUAUCAGACGAUCUGCGAAGUCUUCCCUGAGCUGAAAACAAAGAAAGCCUUAGACUCAAAACGGACCCUUAAACACAUUAUAUCGAUUUCGACGGAUAAAAAACCAGGGACCUUUACGUUCCGGGAGCUUCAAUCUUCUGGACCAGUUCUUGACGCCCAGAUGAAACCCGAUGAUCCUGCCGUCAUCAUACAGUCAUCAGGUUCAACGGGAGAGCCGAAAAGUGUUGUUUUGUCGCAUGGAAAUGUGGUCAGUGCAGCCUACCAGUCUUUCAGCACGAUGCGACUUCGUCACUCGAACAUCGUAUUGGCAAGUCUGCCUCUCUACCAUUCGUUCGGAUACCUGUGCGUCGAAGCUAACAACACGCUUAACGGACUGACGACGGUGUUCACGUCGGCAAGUCCGAAACCUUCCGAGAUCAUUGAGAUGAUAGAACGACACCGCGUGACAACUCUGCACGGAACACCAACGACAUUUUUUGAUAUUCUGUGUUGUCCUGAUUUUGGUCAGAGGAAUCUGAGCUGCGUCGAAAACGCAACGAUAGGAGCAACAACAUUACAUCCGUCCGUCAUCGAGAACGUAAUCAAUAAGCUCCACCUUAAAGAACUUAUGCUAGGUUACGGUUUAACCGAAACGUCCGGAGCGUGUUCGUAUGCCGAUGGCAAAGCAUUUCGUGGUUAUGCUCCAUUCCCCGGAACCAAAUUUCGUAUUGCCAAGGCAAAUAACGACGUAAUCGUUGAUGGAAGCGGUAUCCAAGGAGAGCUACAGAUUCGUGGACCUACACUUUUUCUAGAGUAUCUUAACGACGAAAAGAAAACACGAGAAGCCUUCACUGACGACGGAUGGUUCCGUACCGGUGAUUUGGGGUACCUGAACAAACAUGGAUUAUUCGAGAUUUGCGGUCGGACCAGUGACCUAAUCAUCAAGGGGGGCGUAAACAUUUUUCCAGUGGAGGUUGAAAAGGUGUUACUGGAGCAUCCGGCGAUCGCCGAAGCUCACGUCUUAGGAGUAUUCGACGAACGGUUUGGUGAAGAAAUCUGUGCUUGGAUUAAACUGCGACCCGAUACAUGGCUUAGCGCCGGUUCCGUCAUUCGAUAUUGUGCUGGCAAGUUGCAGAAUAUCAAAAUUCCGAAGCAUGUCGUGUUUGCCAGUGGCUUCCCUAGAACGAAUGUGGGCAAAGUCUCGAAGAAGCUGCUCCGGGAGGCGUUCGAAAAACACAGCGUGUAACGCUAGGGCCAAGUAGCUGUGAUCAGUGCCCCUUACCGCCUCCAUAUGCAUUGGACCUCCUGUAUCACACUCGGCAAGUUACUUGGAUACGUCAAGGAAUACUUUAUGGCCGAUUGUGAAUAAAUCUAAGACUACAUGUGCUAUUCAAACGCGGAUAAUUGCAAAACAUCGAGCGAGCUUAGCAAACCGGUUUGAAGAGAUCGAUCUUGAGGCGUUUGCAAAAUAAAUCCUUCAGCAACUUUUACUCUAUUAUGCAUCGUUCAUUCAUGUUAAAACAAUCCUAUACUAGUUUUCCUAUACAAAAUGCGCCCUUCAAAGGCACAAUCUUUGUCUUUUCACUCUAAUUU